GAGACGGGCAGGGAGCGCGGGGAGCCGGGCGCUGGGCCGGCCCAAGGGCGCCCUCGCUUCGGAGCCUGGCGUGGGGGCCGGGGCGGAGGCCGGCGGGCCGCUAGCGCGGAGAAGUUUGGCGGCCGAGGGGCGGCGUUCCGGGUCGCCAGGCGGCGGUGCGGGGGCCAUGCGGGCGGGGGCGGGCGCGGAGGCGGCGCGGCGCGCACCGAGUCCCCGGAGCGGCGCGGCCGCCGCGGCGCAAAGUUAGCCUGGCGCCCGGGACGAAGCCACAGCCGCCAGCCGCCCCCGGGCCCCGCUCCGGCAUGGGCGAGCACCCCAGCCCGGGCCCCGCGGUGGCCGCCGGCGCCGAGGCGGAGCGCAUCGAGGAGCUGGGACCCGAGGCCGACGAGCGGCCGCCGGCGGCGCCCGAGGACCCCUGGAAAGUCCUGUUUGAUCAGUGUGACCCUGGGAACACCGGCUACAUCAGCUCAGGCAAGUUCCGCAGCCUCCUGGAGAGCCACAGCUCCAAGCUGGACCCGCACAAAAGGGAGGUGCUCCUGGCUCUGGCCGACAGCCACACCGAUGGGCAGAUCUGCUACCAGGACUUUGUCAACCUGAUGAGCAACAAGCGGUCCAACAGCUUCCGCCAGGCCAUCCUGCAGGGGAACCGCCGGCUCUGCAGCAAGGCCCUGCUGGAGGAGAAAGGGCUGAACCUCUCCCAGCGGCUCAUCCGUCACGUGGCCUACGAGACCCUGCCCCGGGAGAUUGACCGCAAGUGGUACUACGACAGCUACACCUGCUGCCCCCCACCCUGGUUCAUGAUCACCAUCACCCUGCUGGAGGUGGCCUUUUUCCUCUACAACGGAGUGUCACUGGAUCAGUUUGUGCUGCAGGUGACCCACCCCCGGUACCUGCAGAACGCACUGGUUUACCACCCACAGCUCCGAGCACAGGCGUGGCGCUACCUGACGUACAUCUUCAUGCACGCGGGGAUAGAACACCUGGGCCUCAAUGUGGUGCUGCAGCUCCUGGUGGGGGUGCCCUUGGAGAUGGUGCAUGGAGCGACCCGCAUUGGGCUGGUCUACGUGGCUGGUGUGGUGGCAGGAUCCUUGGCGGUGUCUGUGGCUGACAUGACCGCGCCCGUCGUGGGCUCCUCUGGAGGGGUGUACGCGCUUGUCUCUGCCCAUCUGGCCAACAUCGUGAUGAACUGGUCAGGCAUGAAGUGCCAAUUCAAGCUGCUGCGGAUGGGUGUGGCCUUGAUCUGUAUGAGCAUGGAGUUCGGGCGGGCCGUGUGGCUCCGGUUCCACCCGUCGGCCUAUCCCCCGUGCCCUCACCCGAGCUUCGUGGCACACUUGGGUGGCGUGGCCGUGGGCAUCACCCUGGGCGUGGUGGUCCUGAGGAACUAUGAGCAGAGGCUGCAGGACCAGUCGCUGUGGUGGAUCUUUGUGGCCAUGUACACCAUCUUUGUGCUGUUUGCUGUCUUCUGGAAUAUCUUUGCCUACACCCUGCUGGACCUAAAGCUGCCCCCACCCCCCUGACGGCUGGAGGACCAGCGGUCGGGGAGGGGAGGGAGAAGUGGCAUCAGAAAGGAGCAUCUGGAUUCUGUUUUCUCAUCACCAGCUCAGGGAGGCCGGGAGGAGAGGACGAGAGACGCUGGGCAGACAGUGGAGGCUCUGUUCCAAAAGGCACCUGCUGGGGAAGUUGGAUUGGCUACUGUUGUUUUUCUAGACUCUUCCAAAGACAUUGGGCCAGCAAAGGCCUGGGGGGGGCUGGAGUGGCUGUCCCUUUUGGGAGGGCUGAGAGCAGCCUCAUCCUCCACCCUGCGAGACCAUAGAGCAGGGGUGGGGAACCUUCUUACUGCCAACGGCCAUUUGGGUAUUUAUAACAUCAUUUUCGGGCCACACAAAAUCAUCAACUUAAACAUCAGCCUGCUAGAUUUGGUCAAACAUUUAACUCACCUGUAAUGCCUUGGCAGGGCCAGACCAAAUGUUUUCCCAGGCCUUAUAUGGCCCUUGGGCCGGACAUUCCCCACCCCUGCCAUAGAGUGUAAGGAAGGCCUGAGGGGCCUGUAGUCAGGCAGGCCCUUGUCCAGCCCAGAGAUAAUGGCGGGCCAGGAAGUGCCCCCUCUGGAGCUCUGGGAGUGGGAGAGGGCCUGGUGCCAGACAUGCGUACCAGGCCCUGGGAGCCCCCGGUGCCUUCCUGUGCCUGUUGGUGUGGCCUCUAACACCUGCAGGGGGCAGAGGAGGGAGCUUCUGUAACUCCCUGCCCUUGCCACGGGGUACCCAGCAAGAGGGAAUUCAUCCCACAUUCCCCCUUGGGGAAGGCCCUGCUUUGGAUUUCUCCCUCCCUCUCCCCCCGAAUGCUGGCCUCUCGCGCCAGGGCCCACGCCCCGUCCUGUGCCCUGCCUUGUCUUUAGAGCCCUGACCUGCCCUUCCACUGCCUUGACCCUCCAUCGUGCCUCUCCUUUAGUUGUGGAGACUGUUCUGAUGGUGAGCACAUGGUUUGGUGGGUGGAGAUGCCCGUGUGAUGGGACAAACAAUGUGAGGCAAGUCGGAGUCCGCAGGGGAAGGCUGUGAGGGGCAGUGGGCGCCUGUGGAGCCGUCUGCGUGAGAGGAAGGAAGGGCUGAGAGGUGGGCUCCUGUGGUUCCUGAUGACCCUGGCUUUUAGCAAAGCCUGCCUUUUCUUUUCCACUUCCCUUCCAGGCGUCUCCCUGGGAAUCGCUGACAGUGGGAGAGUGGCCCCUGGUGGGAGGGCGGCCCCUCAGGAUGCUGAGGUUUCCUUGCCUUUGCCAGCUCCCUCUCUGGUUCCCUCUGGAGUGGCCUUCAUGCUGAAAAGAUUCUGUCCUGUCUCCCUUUGGAGGGGAGGCGUUUUGGGGUGCAACAGAGGCUGGGCAGGAAUAUGGAGGCCACGUGACUUUUGAGUUCAAGGGGAUGGGAGGUUGCAGCAAAAGGAAUUCCAGUUUAGGUGGAGACGUGCUUCUAGAGAAGAAUUGUUGGGGUGUGGAUGCGUGUCAGAGGUGAGGCAGCCGUAGCUCAGGUUCUCAGAGUGAGGAGGGAGCCGGGAGGUGUUCGAGUCCAUCCCCCGCCCAUUUCACAAGGGAAUGGCCUCCUGGCGGGAGCUGGUACAGGCCCCCGGGAGGGUGGGAGGGUGGCUUUUGACAAAAUGGCAUUCCCUUUAUACCGCUCUUGCGACUCCCAACCACUGACAGCCCCGAAGGAGGAAGAACCCAGGGCUGGGUUCAUGCAGGAACAAGGGCAGGAGUGCAGGGACUGCCUCUGCCAGCCACUUGCCCAUGAGAGCCACACCGAGGUUCGAAGUCAGCCGGGCCGGACGUUUGGGCGUCUUGGGCCACAGUGGCUUCCAUCCCCAGUCAUCACACACAAAUGGGCAAGGUCUUUCUGCCCAGUCCCCCACACCCAGCCCUUCCCCGCCUUUGCCCACUGCUAACUAGACUGUCCAUAUGGCACAGAAGCUCAGGCUGCACUUGCGCCAACUCUGCCCGCUGAGGUAGGUGGGCCAGGUCUGCGCUGGGCUGCGUUGCCCUGAGGCACCUUCUCUGUGCCCUGCCAGCCAUUCUCUGCCUCCCGAGGGAAAGGUGUAGCUGGAAGAGUCAGCUCUUUGGGAGAGGAGACUGAGCUGGGGCGGGGGGUGAGGAUGGCAGAGGGGGCCGUGGCUACUGCUAACCCUGCGUGCCUGGGGCUGACCCUCCCUGGAGCGGCAGAAGCAGCUGUCGCCCUGCUGGGGGCUGGGAGCAGGGCUCUCUGCCAGACCCUCUCCUGGCCCCUGGAGGUUCUGGGCUGUAGUUUGAGGGAGCAGAGAGCUACCCCUCCCCCUGCCUUUGUCUGGUGUGGGUUGGAGAGGGGCCUUCCUCUCUCUAGAAAGCCCUCUGAGAGGCAUCCAGUUCCCUGGGGCUUAGGAUGGAAGCUGUUCGGGAGGACUGCCCAAGGUGGGAGUCCCACCCACCAUCCUGUAUGUCUGUCCUCUGAGGCCUGGAGCGGCUCAGAUUGCCCCAUCCUCACCCAGCCCAGCUGCGUGUCAGCUGCUCCCUGUCCGCUGAGUGUCCAAGGGCAACUCAGAAGUUCUCUGGUCUGCUUAACAGCCAUCUCACCAGCCUCUCCCAGCCAUCACUUCUAAGCAGGGCCAUCCGCUGGUGAUGGCCGUCACUUCCCACUGCCCAGGUCUCUAACCCAGGGCCAGAGCCUGUUUUCUAGUGAGAAAGGUUUCAUUUUGGUGUAGGGCUUUCUCCUCAGCAGGUCCCUUUGCUCCCUGGCUCCCAGCACCCUGCCAGCAGCACGUCCCCAUCCUCCCUCCUUCCUCAUCCGCUGUUGGCCUCCUGGCCAGUGCGCCGAAAAGUGAGGGUGGUGUGGACCUUCAGGCCAUGGAGCGAAGUCGGGUUUUCAUCUGCAUGAUGCAGAAAUUGGAACCUGGGGACUCUCUAAACAGCAGCCACGGACUCACUCACUCGUUAAACGGAAGAGGAAUCACAGAAGCUGGGGAAAGGAAAACAAACCUUCAAAGGAGAAAUUUCGCUUUAAUGACACCAUUAAUCAUUCGUUUUUUAAUUAGGAAAAGCUCCCUAAUGAGGCGUAAUCUGACUCUCAAUUUCCAUGAGAACUACUCUUGCCCGGGGGAUUAGGAGAGUCGUUGCUCGCCAUGCCCAGCCUUUCCCCAGCGUCCAAUUUCAUCUGCAAAUAAUGCAGGUUCCCCAGGUGCCCGAAGCCCUUUCCUGGCACCGGUGGGUCGCGUUGCUCCCAGGGCUGGCUGGAAAGCACGGAUACUCCUCUGCCUUAAAAACAGUGCCCAACGCUGAACUCUGCCCUCCCACCCCCCAAGGAAGUGAGUAAGUGGAAAACAAAAAAACCAAGCAGCAAUGCUUGUUUCUAAAUAUUUUUGUAUUGUGUACAUUCUGUAUAUUUUUGUUGUAACAUAUUAUUUGACCACAGAUUCCAUUAAAGAUUUUUUUUUUAAGCCA